AAGUACACCCCAGUGUGUCGCAGAACACUGACAUCAAAAACAGAGAACCUCACUGAAGAAAGACGAUCAAAAUUAAAAACUCAAUUGAGCCACACUGACCAUGUUUCAGUGACUGUCGACAUUUGGUCUGACCGAAAGAUGAGGGGAUUCCUUGGUGUCACUGUGCACUGGAUGGACAAAGAGGCAGAGCGGAUACAGCUCAAGUCCAAUCUCUUGGCUUGUGAGCGCUUCAAAGGCUCACAUACAGCUGAACGAAUCUGUGACAAAUUUGAGGCUAUAUGUGAUGAAUACAACAUUAAAGCUAAACUGGACUACAUUAUUAGUGACAAUGCUGCUAACAUGCCAAAAGCAUUCACUGUGUGCUUCCCCAGUGAACAAGAGGAUGACGAUGAUGGAGAUCAUCUGGAUGACCCUGAGCUCUGGUGUGAUUUAACCGUGGAAGAUCAGCAAACGGUAGAUGUUGCUAUGGCAAAGAAAAAGCGCUUGCAGUGUUUUGCACACACUCUUCAGCUGGUGGUGGGAGAUGGUUUGAAAGAAACAAAAGUGGUAUCUCCUUCUCUUUCGAAGUUAUCUAAACUCAGCUCACUGCUGCACACAAGCACAACAUUCAAAGAUGUGUUUGAUGCUGAAUUUGGGGAACAGAAAGGCAUCCCUGCUGCAGUCAACACAAGAUGGAACUCAACACUGAGGCAAGCGAAGGCUGUUCUCCAGUGCAAUCAUGUAAGGCUCUGUGCUGUUCUAGAAAAGGCUGGGCACAGGGAGUUGUCAUUCACAGCACAGGAGUGGAAUCUGUUGAAAGAUUUGGUGGACAUCUUGAAACCAUUUGGAGAAGCAACUGAUUUGACACAGGGGGAGAAGGUCAUCACAAUCAGUGCUGUUGUUCCAUCCAUCUUGUCCCUCAACCACCACCUUGAGAAACUGAAGCCUCAGGUCUGUUUUCUGAGCGGCCUGGUCAGAAGUCUCCAGACAUCCCUGAACAAAAGAUUUCUUGGAAUCUUCAUCAAUGUGAAAAUGGCCAGGACACAAGAUGGGAUCACUGCUCCCUUUUCAGAUCCAGUCUACCUCAAAGCAGCUGUCUUGGAUCCAGCCUUUUCUCUGUUGUGGGUGGAGCCCCAUGUGCUGGUCAGUCGUGACGUCAAGGCAGAGGUGGCACAACAGGUUAAAGAAUUGAUCCUGCAAGAUGCUGCAGAGACUGAGCAACCUGCGCCUCUUGUUGAUGAAAAAGAGCAAGGGGACCUUGGAGAAGGAGAAGGGCUGUUUGCUGCUUACCACAAGAGACAGAAGAAGGAUGUUGGGACUACUCCAGCACUACAGCUAAGUCACUACCUUGACAUAGCUGAAGGACAGAAUGCCCUUUUGUUCUGGGCAUUGAACAUGAAGACUCUUCCUUCACUGUUCCGAGUGGCCAUGAGAGUCUUGGCAGUGCCUGCCUCCAGUGCUCCAGUGGAGCGAGUUUUCAGCCAUGGUGGCAUCAUACUACGCCCCCAUCGUGCACAAAUGACUGACAGACUCUUGGCCAAUUUGGUCUUUUGCAAAUGCAAUGCAGCAUAUGGCCCUGACAUAUAAAAAGUACAACCUUUUUGUUAUGUUAUAUGUCAUGUUUUUUCAAUGUUAACACUUUUGUACAAAUAAGUA